AUGACAACUAGUAAGCAUAUUUUUAUACCUAAUCCAGAUGACUCUGGCACUGAUGGAGAUAGUUCGUCAGAUACUGACAAUUCUGAAUCAGAACUACCUGAUGAAGACAAUUCUGAAUCGGAAAUUCAUGUACCAAAUGUCUCAUAUCGAUCUGUUUUUGAAAGUUAUACAGAAAAACAAAAACUGUUAGAGCCAAAUCAUACUUUUUCGUGGUGUGAAGGAGAAAAAGUUUACUCUGUAGAUUUGAAAGAUCAAUUGUUAUUGCCUGAUUCCGUAAAGCAGAAAAUAUCUUCAAUGUCACACGUGGAACUGUUCGAAAUCUUUUUCUCUGAAGAAAUAAAAAAUUAUAUUACUCAAGCCAGUGAAGAAAAUGAUUUGAAAUUAUCUUCAAAAGAACUCAACACAUUCAUAGGAAUAUUAUUAUUAUCAUCUUACAAUAUUCGAAAGAAUCAAAGAGAGUAUUGGGAAACCGACCCUCUCGAAAACUGCUCUGCUGUUUCAUCAGCGAUGACACGCGAUCGGUUUAGUGAAAUAAAAUCUAAAAUAAAAUAUUCAAAACCUACUGACAAAAAUGAUAAUGAUAAAGCUUGGAAAGUCCGUCAUAUUUUGGAAUUGUUUAGGACCAAAAUUAAACAAUUUGGAUAUUUUUCAACUGCUCUUUCCAUUGACGAAAUGAUGGUUAGAUUUUUUGACCGAUACAGGAUCAAACUCUGGGCCUUGUGCGGAGCAAAUGGAUAUAUAUUCAACGUUGAUAUUUAUUGUGGUAAGAACGAUACAAGCAUUGGGAUAAAUUUAUCCGCAUGUCCACUUGGCUCCAGAGUUGUAUUACAAAUGGUUAAUCCACUUCUACAUAGCUUUUCAAAAAGAAAAUUGUCUGACUAUCAUGUCUAUUUUGAUAACUAUUUCACUACUCCUGAUUUAGUCGUUCACUUGAACAAAUGUGGUUUACGAUCUACAGGAACUGUUCGUAAAGAUAGAGUGAAACAAAAACAUGAUUUUGAAAAAAAAGCACCACGAGGAACGAACAAAGCGAGUUAUGAUCGUAAUAGUGGAAUGAAUCUCAUCAGUGUAGUUGACUCAAAAGAAGUUUCUAUUCUUUCUACGGCAGCUGACGUCACUCCUUUGGAGCCAAUGGAAAGAUAUUCGAGAACUGCUAAGAAAAGAUCAAAAUUGGAAUUCCCUUGUGCUUUUUCUUAA